GCAUGCAGUCUAAAGGCUAUGUUCAGAGGGAGAGAAACUUAGAGUAUGAUAUCUGUAACAUGUGGUGCAGUAAGCCGAUUUCGGUCCUGCAAGAUUACUGUGCUGCUAUUAAGGUGCAUAUCUUCUGGCCACUUCUGUUUCAAAAUGAGAACAGUUCUAUCCUCUUGCAAACUCAGCCCCGUGUGGAGCCCAGGGGUUCUCAAGCUCCCGAGAUGAGUUUGAAGAAAUUGCAGCAUAUAGAGUUGAUGGAAGAGAUUGUUGAUUUGAUCAAGAGAGUUGUGAAUGAUCCAUUUUUUAUUGGAAGCUUACUGCGAAUUGGCUAUAAAAUUGAAAACAAAAUCUUGACCAUGGAAGAAGCUUUGAACUGGGUGAAAUACACUGGUGAUAUGACAAUUCUACCCAAGUUGGGAGCAAUUGACAAUUGUUGGCCCAUGUUGAGCCUUUUCUUUACUGAAUAUAAAUACCACAUAACUAAAGUUGUGACAGAAAACUACGAUUUGCUGGAAGACUUUAGAACACAAAGUUGUCCGGAAUGUAUCGAGCAAGGGGAGGUCAUGAAGCUCAAAGGAAAUGAAGCAUUUUCCAAAGAAAGAUUUGAUAUGGCUAUUAUCUAUUACACCAGAGCCAUUGAGUAUAGUCCGGAAAAUCAUCUUCUUUAUGGUAACCGAGCGCUUUGUUUCCUUUGCACUGGACAGUUCAGAAAUGCUCUCGGUGAUGGAAAGCGAGCCACCAUUUUGAAGAGCAGUUGGACCAAGGGUCAUUAUCGUUAUUGCGAUGCUCUUUCUAUGCUGGGAGAGCUUGACUGGGCCCUACAAGCAAACAUAAAGGCUCAGAAACUCUGUAGGAAUGACCCUGAGGGAAUCAAGGAUCUGAUUCAGCAGGAGUUAAAGUUGCAAAAACAAAUAGAAGACCUGCAAGGUCAAACCCUAACUCGGAAUCCAAUUAAAGCCUCUUACAAAAGCAGGGCCUACGUCUCUACUUUAUCAGCACCUGCAUUCAGAGCUUCACUUAAUUUUGCCGAUUCUGGAAAAGAUUCCAGAAAGACCAACCCCAGAAUGGCCAGUGGUGGUUAUCACAACAUGAGGAUGGGGAACGACUCUUUGAAGCCCAAUGACUGUGGCUGUCAUCCUGAUUUUGGACAGGCUUCAGGCCAGACUUCAAAACAUAAAGGAAAACAGAAAUCCAGAAACAAUGAACUGGAGAAAUUGAGUGCUUCGAACUCACAAACAACUCUACCAAUGGAUUUGAAAAACAUCUUGGAGAAACAGUUUUCUAAAUCUUCCAGAGAUGCACACCAGGACUUUGCAAACAUCAUGAAGAUGCUGAGGAGCCUGAUCCAGGAUGGUUACACAGCGCUAAUGGAACAGAGAUGCCAAAAUGCUGCUCAGGCCUUCACAGAUCUUCUCAAUGGGCUGGACCCUCAGAAAAUCAAGCAACUGAACCUGACCAUGAUCAACUAUGUCUUAGUCAUCUAUGGACUGGCCAUUUCUCUCCUUGGAAUAGGACAGCCUGAGGAAUUGUCAGAGGCUGAGAACCAGUUCAAGAGGAUGAUUGAACACUACCCCAGUGAGGGCCUCGACUGCCUGGCCUACUGCGGGAUUGGAAAAGUAUAUCUGAAGAAAAAUAGGUUUCUGGAAGCGCUCAAUCACUUUGAGAAAGCCCGGACCUUGAUUUGCCGGCUUCCCAGAGUCCUGACUUGGCCCACAAGCAAUGUGGUGAUUGAAGAGACAAGGCCAGGAAAGAUCAAGUUGCUGUUGGAGAAAUUCAUCGAGGAAUGCAAGUUCCCUCCAGUACCUGAUGCUAUUUGCUGCUAUCAACAGUGCCGCGGAUACUCCAAAAUUCAGAUCUACGUAACAGACCCUGAUUUUAAGGGCUUCAUCCGGAUCAGCUGCUGCCAGUAUUGUAAGAUUGAAUUUCACAUGAAUUGUUGGAAGAAGUUGAAGACCACCACCUUCAAUGACAAAAUCGACAAGGACUUCCUGCAGGGAAUCUGUCUUACCCCUGACUGUGAAGGAAUCAUUUCCAAGAUCAUCAUCUAUAGCAGCAGCGGACAAGUUAAAUGUGAGUUUGAACACAAGGUCAUAAAAGAAAAAGUUUCUCCAAGACCUAUUCUGAAGCAGAAAUGUUCUAGCCUGGAGAAGUUAAAACUGAAAGAAGACAAAAAACUGAAGAGAAAGAUCCAGAAGAAAGAAGCAAAGAAAUUAGCCCAGGAGCGAAUGGAAGAGGAUCUGCGAGAAAGUAAUCCACCCAAACAGGAAGAGAAGAAAGAAACAACCAAUAAAGCCCAGAAAUGCCAGUUCCUGGAUGACAGGAUCCUGCAGUGCAUCAAGCAGUACUCAGAGAAGAUCAAAUCUGGCAUCCAGAACCCCACCAAGCUUCUCAAGGAACUUCUGUCCUGGAAGGUGCUGAGCACCGAGGACUACACCACCUGCUUCUCCAGCCGUAACUUCGUCAAUGAAGCCGUUGACUAUGUCAUUCGCCACCUGGUUCAGGAAAAUAACCGAGUGAAAACAAGAAUCUUUCUGCAUGUGUUGAGUGAACUCAAAGAAGUGGAGCCGAAACUAGCGACCUGGAUCCAGAAACUCAAUGGAUUUGGUCUUGAUGCCACAGGACCUUUUCUCUUACGAUACGGAGCAUCUCUUAAGGAGCUUGAUUUCAGCAUCAUGACUUUUCUCUGGAAUGAGAAGUAUGGCCAUAAACUGGCUUCCAUUGAAGGCAAGCAGCUGGAUUAUUUCUGUGAGCCAGCUUCCUCGGAGGAGGCAAGAUAUCUGAUCUGGCUCCUGGAGGAACACAGGGAAAAAUUCCCAGCAUUGCAUAAUGCUCUGGAUGAAUUCUUUGAUGUAAUGGACAGUCGCUGUACUGUGCUGAGGAAACAAGAUAGUGGGGAUGUGCCAUUGAGCUCACCCAAGAUAAAACACAAAGGCAAGAAAAGGAAGCUGAAAGAUUCAAAGCCCAUAUUAGUUGGAUCUGGAGCAGCCUCAGUAACAACAAAUAAUGACACUGUCAACUCUGGUGAAGACCAUAAAUCCACUUCCAGUUCUUUAGGUCCAUUUGUGGUUCCUGAGCAUCUCCGGCAAGACGUAGAAGAAUUCGAGGCCCUGUAUGAGCAGCACAACAGCAGUGAAUAUGUUGUUCACAACAAGAAACUGUUGGACGUUAACCCAAAGCAGAAAGGUUCGACUCUGUAUGACUACUUUUCCCAGCUGCUGGAGAAGCACAGCCCCCUGGACAUGAGCAACAAGAUGUUCUCUGAGGAAUACGAGUUCUUCCCUGAGGAGACGCGGCAGAUCCUGGAGAAGGUGGGUGACCUCAAGACCUUCCUUCUUGCCUGCCCUCGCUUUGAGCUCAUCGACAACUGCAUUGCACUGAAGAAAGUCACCUCUCGCCACAAGAAGAAGCGAAAGAAGAAGAACAUCAAGGUAAAAGUUGAGGAGAUCACAGCCAAGUCCGGUGAGUAUCUGCGGGCCGAGCUCCCCCUGAAUCCAGCCGCGCGGGAAUUCAAACCUGAUGUUAAGCCCAAGUCCAGGGCCCCAGCCUCUGCCCCAGCCGCCAUCAAGCCGCCCAGAGCAGCACCGGCCAAUGCGAGUCCCCCCAAGCCAGCGCCUGAAGUGGCUCCGAAACCCAAAUCCCCAAAAGCUGCAUCAGGUCCUGCCUCUGGAUCACUUCCCGAGGCCGCACCCCCCAAAGUUGGGGUCUCUCCCGAGUCCCCCUUGCCCAGCGCUGAAGACCCUGGUCACCAGCAUGUCUCCUGUCCUUCCAUGCAAGGGUCUGAGGCCGUGAUGCCCACCUACUGGGCACAACCCCAGAUGGUCACAGGCUACUGCACCUAUCUCCCCUACCAAGGCUAUGGCAUUGCCCAGAUGCCCCCCACCUACAUCAAUGUGAUCACCAGCAUGCCCACCUAUGCCAACGUUUGUGCCCCAGUGGCAGGGGCGGUUCCCACCGAGUACCCCAUGCUGAGGCCUGUGCCCAUGGUCCCCGUGUUCAUGGCCAAUGCUGCAGCAGAGAAGACAGCUGCGCCCUGUGUGGAGGGUCCCCCACUGAAUGCCCAGGGAAUCCCCACUGACAUGGCAGCCUGCAAGACACAGACCUUGGCAAGACCAGCCAUGCCUCCAUGCAGCACAGAGGGGCCUGUCAGAACUCCAGGUGGAAGUAGUGAGGAAACAGGUCCCAAGGAAGAGUUGGCUAGCAAGUGCCAAGAAGUAGAUUUUCCACCCACAAAAGUGGCUGCCACCCAGAUAUCUUGGGUUAUGGUGAAUAAAGAAAUCAACACUGAGCCCUAUGGCCCUUUUGAGGCUAAACUGGGAGAAAUUUCACAGCUCGUAAAGGAGUACCAAAUUCUGCAGCAGCAGCUGCAGGAAGCCUCCAACAGUUAUGAGCAGAAAAAACUGCAGAGCUCGGAGGAGACCAAGGAUCUGGAAGAAAAGCUGACAAGGAACAUGGAAGAAAACAAGAUUUCAAAGACAGAAUUGAACUGGUUCCUUCAAGAUUUGGAGAAAGAAAUCAAAAAAUGGGAGCAGGAGAAGAAAGAGAUCCAAGACAAACUCAAAGCACUCAAAAAGAAGAUGAAGAUGUUUUUGACUUCCAGUGACACACUCACUGAGGAAAAUGCGGAAAUUGACGACAAUGAUCAGGACCAGGAAUCCUUUCUGGAUGAGGCUCCUGAAACCAGUUGCACAUUCACCGAGGAGAAGGCACAGGUGGAGGACUGCAUCAAGAAAGGCAAAGACAGUUAUGAAGAGACUCUUCACCGGGCCGUGUCUGCUGAGGUGUCUGUGCUUGAAACCUGGAAGGAGACGGAAAUGUAUAAGUUACAGGUCAUGGAAUCCCAGGCGGAAGCUUAUCUGAAGAACCUCAAACUCAUGAGGAGUGAUUCUGCAGCCUAUCCAGACAUCGAGUCUGACAUACAGUCCUGGGAAUCUUUUCUCUCUGAUGUCCGAAAAGAAACUGAGAAAGCAAAGGACCAGUUUGAGGAGCAAAUUAAGGGGAUUAAAAAUGGCUCUCGACUGAGUGACCUUUCUAAAGUCCAGAUUUCUGAGCUGUCCUUUCCUGCCUCCCACAGGAUGAACCCUCAGCUUACCACCAAGUCUUUGGGCCCCGAGGAUCAGGCCCCCGCCCCUGCCAUGCGUCCUGGGACCGAGGACCAAGCAGCAGCUCCUCAAGAGUUUUGUGUGGCUUCUGCCAGUGAUGGCUUUGCUGAAGCCUCUCCUACUGCAGAUGAAGCUGGCAUAGACCUUACUGCUCAAGCAGAAGUCAGCCCAGGAGGCCCAGAGCCUGAGCAGAUGAUGCAGCCAGGCCAGUUUUUGACCAGUGUUGUGGAACAGCUGUUGGUGGUGUUCCCAUGUUUCAGCAGCUCCCAGCUCACCGAGUUCAUUGAAGAAGUCCAGAACAGGGACAUGAUGGCACUGUUGGGAUGGAGCACUGAGGAAAUUGUGCAGAGAGUGACCAAGCUCAUUCUGGAGGAGCAGGACCUGUCUGAUCCAGAGGACGAUUGGCCCCCAGAGUCCGCCUCUGCCUCUGCCAUGGCUACUGUGACCAGCGAUCCCGAAGACUGCCCUUCUCUGCAGCUGGAGCCUCGGCUGGAGCCCAUGAGCAUGGGACAGAGGACCAGGGUCCUUGUGUCAAUAAUUUGUGAAAUCUGCCAUGAGGUUUUCAACAAUUCCAAAACUAUGCGUGUGUUAAAAUGUGGAUACAAAUUCCACAAAGAGUGCUUCAGGCGAUGGCUUCAAGAGCAGAGUGCCUGCCCCAUGUGCCUGGAACUCAACCUGAUAUCUGAAGAGUAGACUUACCCCCCACAAAGCACCCAUGGGGCUCAGCUUGGUUGGAAUGCAGGAGUAACAGCACAGCCACCACUACUACCCUUGAUAGUUGCCCCACCACUGGGGGGGUGGGUUCUUUGGCUUCUGGGGGCGAAGCGAAGCCUCAUUCUCUGGUUGCUACUUUCCCACUCAGAUUCAGCACCACAGCAACAUGGUUUCAGAGAGCCCUGGAGGCUUCCCAGUCUUACACUGUCAGGGCUUCUUCAGAGCCUCUUUGAGGUCAGAGCUACCUCCAAAGGGAGGGAUCAUAAGCAGCCCUGGUAGUAUUUGGGGUCUGAACCUUCUUGCUCCACCCACAUGACCCAAUUCUUUAUUCUGUAAUAUCUGUGUGUUAUUUUCUCAAAAGAACAAAAAUUGACAUUUUAAGGGGGUGGAGUGGUAGUGCAGCGAGUUAGGGCACUUGCCUUGCACAUAGCACCACCUGAUUUGAUCUCUGGCACCCCAUUGGGUCCUCCCUGAUGACUGCCAGGUGUGGCCUAAAAACCAAAAAGAGAGAGAUAAUCCUGCAUUUUAGUGAUGAAGGGGCUGGAAAAUUGACUCCAGCCAAGGGUAGGCCCUGGGUUAGAUCCCCAGCACUGAGUGACCUCUUGAGCACUCUGGAAUUGAUGGUCCCCCCACAAUGGUGGUGCACCUUUACCCCUAACCCCACAAUGCAGGCAUAGACUAAUCACAUGAUUAUUUUAAUCGUUUGUGGUUCACAUGGAAACGUUUACUGGUUUAGACUAAAAGACUAAAAGAGUCAAGUCUCACAUGAUUUCAAUUUUUUUUCGUUUUGUUACUUUGUGAUUUUUAUUCUUUUUUAAAGUUUCUCUCACUAGUCUAAAGCACUUAUUUUUCCUAUUUUAACACUAUAUUGCUGAUAUUGAAAACUUAUGUAAGACAUUUAUUAGUAUGUACCAAUACCCCCUUAAGUCCACCCUUUCUGACCUUGGGCAUCUGUGAAGCCCCCAGAGCCACUCUGGAGCAGCAGACACUCCCUCUGCCUACCCUACCCGUUCCUCUUCCCAGCACCAAAACAGAGAUUUUUAGGGUCCGUAGACAAUCCUGAGGCUCCCUUGUCCUUGUCAUUCCUGUCAUUCAUGUUUGGCUCAUGUAAACAUGAUGCAUGAAGUCUCAUACCACAAUCUGGGCACAAAACUGGUUCUAGCACUCAUGUUCCAACCUUCCAGCAUUAGCUCAUGCAGCUAUGACUUUAGAACACAUUCUGCUUCUCUCAAAAGCUUCAGUGUGUGUUUUUCCAGUGGGGUUUGUGUUUUAUCCUGGAGCACCCCCAGACCCCUGUUCCUGAGCUGUAGUGCUGCACCCCCUUUCUGUAUCGCUCUCCUCCAGUGAGUUGUGCUGUGUUAGUGACUUAGUCCGUCCGGGUUCCUCACAUGUCAUCUGCACGGUGACCAUCAUGAUGGAGAACCAACCGGGAAGGGUAAGGUUCUGACAGAUUGGGGUUCUCCAGCAGCGCCUGCAGAGUGAUGGCAGACUUUGCUCCUAACACAAGUGCUUGUGAACAUGCCUUAUACACAUGUCCUUUUCAUGGCCCAAUAAAGUUCAUUUUAAACCAAAAAAA